AUGGCUAUAGACUCCUCUGUCCUCGAUUCGAAGGUCCACUUCGUCCGGCCUAGCAAAACUGGCACCAUUGGCACGACGUAUGGCAGCGACGAAUACGACCGCACCUCAAUCCACGUUUCGCGUCGCAAAAAGCUGGCUUUGGCUCUGCCUGAGCGCGGACGGCGCAUGUACUGUGGCAGAAGAGAAGUUUCGCCCGACGAAUCUCCCGUACACUCACCUGUAAGCACAUCCAAGCUAGACGGCCAGACUCCCGAGCUACUCAAGCACAUCGCCACACGGGACGGUGGCUCGCAGAAAACGGUGGCCCCUUGCUCUGAUAUUGCGUUCGCCGGUGGCCUCUCAUGCUCGCUUCCCCAACGACGCUUUACCAACUCCGUAGACACGCCUAUGGAGAGCGACUCCGACGAAGACAACGCCAACCGGGCGAUGGCAUUCUACAUGUGCCGGCCCGGCACGCCACUGCCCCCACUAUGUCUUCGAAUGGACAGCUUCGAUGAGGAUGAUAGUUCCGCAGAAGGUAGAAUUCUUAGCAGCAGGGAUGAACAACGCUCUUCACUGGUGGAUGUCCCUGGCUCCGGCAUGAGCCCUGUCGCAGAGACGACGCCAGCUAGUGAGCGACGCUAA